GUUUACUUCCUCAGUGAAAGGUCAAAUACCUCCUUUGGGUUACUUAUGGGAUAUUUCUGUGGUUUAUAAGAAGGCCUUCUUAUUUUGGUAGAAACUCAGGUGAAAUUGGUGACUAUAUCGGUGUUAAACAUGUCGUCUGAUAAAUUAAUUGGACCCGCCUUACCAACAACGGUGAGGAAUGAGAGCUCCGGAGACGACGGCAGUGAAACAGACUUCGCGGGUCCCGCUUUGCCCCCCGGGUACCAGCGGAGGGAAGCGUGCAGCUCCUCGGAUGAGAGUGAGCCGGAGGGCAAGAGAGCCAGGAGAGACCAGGUGGACAAACAUGAUGAUGAAGACGAUGAUGAUGGUUUCUUUGGACCAGCUCUGCCUCCAGGAUUUAAGAAACAACAGUGUUCACCAGAAAGGCCACCUGUCUUGGGACCAGCUUUGCCCCCAGGGUUUUGUAGAGAAGCAUAUGAUAACGAUGAUGAUGGUGAAGAUGGAGAAGGUUUCCCGGGUCCGGCUUUACCCCCAGACUACCAUGCCGAGUCCUCCAGCAGUGAGGGGGAAGGCGAGGAUGUGAUUGGACCCAUGCCUGCCAAAGGACCUGCCCAAGACUCUGUGGCUGCUGAUUUUGAACGGAGAGCACAAAGGAUGAAAGACAAGCUGACAGGAGUUGGCACUGCUGAAGUGCCAACGAGAGAGACAUGGAUGACAGAGCUUCCACCAGAGCUUCAGCACAUUGGCUUGGGGGCACGGACGUUCAAGAAGAAGUCGGGUCCAGAAAACAAAGAUCGCUCCAUCUGGACGGAUACACCAACAGACAGGGAGCGCAAAGCCAGGGAGCGUCUUGAAAAAAAGAAGAAGGGAGAGGAGGAGAAAGAUGAUGUGGCACAAGUUUCCCACAGGGAUUUGGAAAUGGCAGAGAAAGUAUCUAAAUAUAAUGAGACUAAACGCUCUGAGUCUCUAAUCAGCUUGCACACAAAGAAGAUGAAAGAAAAAGCAAAGGAGGAAGCUGAUAAACCAGUGGAAAGGAGGGCAUUUGAUCGUGAUACAGACCUGCAGGUGAAUCGCUUCGAUGAAGCUCAGAAGAAGCGGCUGCUGAAGAAGUCUCAGGAAUUAAAUACACGAUUCUCCCACAGCAAAGACAAAAUGUUUCUGUAAUAUUGUGUAAAAAAAAAAACAAAUGCAGUUGGAUAUUUUAGGCUUUCAAUAGGAGGCUAUCGGUCUCCACACAUAACUUUUGUCUGUCAGUGAGGUGAACUAAGGGGACCGUAUAGACAUGAAAGACAAUGGAUGUUUAUGUCACUGACUGGAUGCAUUGCAAUGACUGCUUCAAGUUCUUAUAAAACCACAUUCAGUGGUACUACUUUUUCUUUUUCUUCUUUUUUUCCUCUCAGGAGAACUUUUAUUAGGAGUGAUUAUGAAUAUUAGAUCAAAUAUUUUUCAUACAUUGUUGUACAUCAUAUUGGGAUAUUUGCUGAGACUGGAUGAUGUGUGCGAAUGCUAACUGCAGCAACUGUUAAAUUUAGCUUCUUAUAUAUUAAUUCUAUCACAGUGAACGUCAUAUUCAUCACCAUGUUACAGUUCAGUCAGUAAAAAACACUUUUUAACGCUAUCACUAUUGUUCAAGAAUAACAAUAAAAGAUGAGAAACAAUUUGCCAAGCUCAAAUAUGUGUAAUAAUUUAUGUUUAAAUAUUGUGGUUAACAUAAAGCUGGUUUGAUAAAUUCUUCAUACAAACAUGUCAUUUUAUUGUAAGAAACAAGAAAACAAAAUUUCAGCACGCCUGUCAGUUUGACUUGGUUUGUUUUUAUUCAUUUAGCCCCUUUUACUACUCUUUAAUUUGUCAGUGACUUCGGCAACUACUUUUUGACUUUUACUGUUCAUUUUGUAUUUUUAUUGUUUUCAUGCAAUUUUAUUGUAUAUUAGGCUGUUUCUACUUUUUUCCCUUUUAAUUUGACUAAUAAACUG